AUGACAGCUGUCUUUAGAACACAAGGCAGUUUCUUCGUGAAGCGCUUCUGUGGGAUUGGGGAUUGGGGUUUCGCAGCAGUAGUGAGUGGCUUUAAGAAUUUAAGCCUCAAAGGAGCAGCUGUUACUUGUAACAUCUUCAGCUAUGAUUCAAGUCCUCUAAGCUGCUUGUUCCGCAGUUUCGAUAUAUUAACUGAUUUAUACAUGAUACCUGCACCAUAUUCAGCUAUGAUUCAAAUCCUCUUUGUUGCUAGCUCCACAGUCUCUGCCAGCUCAGAUGAAGAAUUAGAGUUGAGUGACUCUGAGAUUUAUGAGUUCAAAGAGAAGCCUUAUGAAGAAUUACGAACUGGAAAGCUGAGAGUGAAGGGUCCAAAUGGGUCCCUUAGAUGUCCCUUCUGUGCAGGGAAGAAAAAACAAGACUACAAGUACAAGGACCUUCUUCAACAUGCUACAGGGGUUGGCAAAGGUUCUGCCAACCGAAGGGCUAAGCAGAAGGCAAACAAUUUGGCUCUUGCAAAGUAUCUGCAAACAGACCUAGUAAAUGAGGCUGAGCCAAUACCUGCACGUGCUGUGACACCAGAACGUUCAGAACCUGAAAAAACUGAACUGUUCUGUUGGCCUUGGACUGGGGUUGUAGUUAAUGUAUCAAAGGAAGCAGCAAAUGGCAGAUCUCUAGACGACAAGGAGUACUGGUUGAGAAAGUUUUCCAUCUACAUGCCUUUGGAAGUCAAGUUUUUCUAUGAUAACCAAGCUAGGGUCUCUGGAGCUAUUGUGAGGUUCACAAGUGAUUGGACUGGUUUUAAGGGUGCAAUGGAGUUCGAGAAGUCCUUCGAAGCCUCUCGCUGCAGCAAACGAGAAUGGCAAACCGAUAAAAAUUGCCCUGGUCCAUAUAUUUAUGGAUGGGUUGCUCGAGAAGAUGAUUAUGUAGCAGAAGGGGCUGUAGGAGAAUAUCUGCGAGAGAAGGGGGAGUUGAAGACGAUCUCUGACCUAAUUAAUGAAGAAACACAUGAUAAAAAGAAGGUUGUAGCAAAUCUAGCCAAUGAAAUUGACAUGAAAAAUGAAAAUCUGGAUGAGCUACAGACAAGAUUCAAUUUGAAUACACUAUCUCUUAGUCAGAUGCUUGAGGAGAAAGACAUGCUACACCGUGCUUUCUUUGAAGAAUCAAGGAAGAUGCAACGCCUUGCCCGUGAGCAUGUAAAGAAGGUCCUGCUAGAGCAGGAAAUGUUAAGUGUAGAGUUGGAGAGCAAGAAGAAGAAGCUUGAUGCUUGGAGCAGAGAGCUGAAUAAACGUGAGGCCUUAACUGAGCGAGAAAAGCAAAAGCUUGACGAUGAGAAGAAACAGAAUGAUGAGAGAAAUUCAGCACUUCAAAUGGCCUCUGUGGAACAAAGAAAAGCUGAUGAGAAUGUCUUAAGACUGGUUGAAGAACAAAAGAGAGAGAAGGAGGAAGCCUUGAGAAAGAUACUUGAGCUAGAAAGGGAAAUAGAUGCCAGGCAAAAACUGGAAAUGGAAAUAGCAGAACUUAAAGGAAAGCUAGAGGUUAUGAAGCACCUUGGAGGAAAUGAUGAUGCAGCUGUACAAAAUAAGAAUAAGGAGAUGAACCAGGAGCUGAAACAGAAAAUGGAGGAGAUGGAUGAUAUGGAGGCCCUGAACCAGACUCUCCUUGCAAAGGAGCGCCAAAGUAAUGAUGAGUUGCAAGAUGCACGGCGCACCUUAAUUGAUGGAUUGAAAGAGAUAGUGACCAGUGGGCGCUCCCAAAUUGGGAUAAAAAGAAUGGGGGAAAUUGAUGCAAAGGCCUUUCAGAAUGCAUUGAAGCAGAGGUUACCAAGUGCAGAAGCUGAAAUCAAGGCCUUGGAACUGUGUUCCCUGUGGCAGGAAAAUCUAAAAGCCCAAGACUGGCAUCCCUUUAAAACUGUUAUGGUUGAUGAGUCGCAUGUGGAGAGAGUGAUAGAUGAGAAUGAUGAAGCAUUACAAAAGCUGAAGGAGGAAUGGGGGGAUGAAAUCUACAAUGCGGUGACCACAGCUCUGAAGGAGAUAGAGGAAUACAAUCCUAGUGGUAGGUACAUCAUUAAUGAGCUAUGGAAUUUCAAGGAAGGAAGGAAGGCCACGCUGAAGGAAGUUACCAGCUAUAUUUUCAGGCAAUUGAAGACACAUAAGCGCAAGAGGCCAUGAUUGCUUGGUGCUUUUCUGUCUCCCUCUCCCUUCUGAUUGUCAGGUGGAAUCCUGCUUACAAGUACACUUGCUCUUUGUUAGGCAUGCAGAAUAGUAGAUAUUACAUGGUAAAUGUAUAUAUGAAUUUAGAUAUUUUUGCAAGUUUUGCAAGAUGGUUGUCAUCUCUAGCUGCAGAAGUCCAGUUAGCCCUUAUAUUUUUGACUCUGCGGAGUUUAUUCUU